UCUUCUUCCCCCCUCCCUCCCUCGUUGUUCUUCAUUGACUACAACAUUUCACUCUCUCUGUUUCUCGCCGUUCUCAAAAGCUCUUCCUUCUACCAUCUUUUCUAGCUUUGUUCCUUGCUGGAAAUGGAAUAUGAGAAUCAAUACAUGCUAACCCAGAGGCCUAAGUAUGAUUGCCUUCUGUUUGAUCUUGAUGAUACCCUUUAUCCCCUUAGUUCUGGUAUUGCAAGAGAAUGUGGAAAGAACAUUAAAGAUUACAUGGCUGAGAAGCUGGGGAUUGAACAGGACAAAAUUGUUGAAUUGUCCAAUCUUUUGUACAAGAAUUAUGGGACAACAAUGGCUGGCCUCAGGGCUGUUGGUUAUGACUUUGACUAUGAUGAAUACCACAGUUAUGUUCAUGGAAAGCUCCCGUAUGAUAACUUGAAACCGGAUCCUCAAUUGAGGAGUCUAUUGAUGACUUUGCCUCUUAGGAAAAUUAUCUUCACAAAUGCAGACGGGGCCCACGCUGCUAAAGCUCUUAGCAAGCUCGGGUUAGAAGACUGUUUCGAAGGGAUUAUCUGCUUCGAAACACUCAACCCUACCCAUAAGAACAUGGUUUCCGCUGACGAAGACAACGUUGAAUUCUUGGGGUCACCUGCUACAGGUGAUGAUGGUCCUAGCAGGAGCAGCCCUGAAACUUUCGACAUAAUCGGCCACUUUGCUCAUCCGAAGCCGGAUGUAACAUUACCCAAAACACCCGUCGUCUGCAAGCCCCAAGAAUCCACCAUCGAGCGAGCUCUCGAGAUUGCCAACGUCAGCCCUCAGAGAACGUUGUUCUUCGACGAUAGUGUCCGCAACAUCCAGGCCGGAAAACGUGUCGGUCUCCACACCGUCCUGGUCGGCUCUUCUCAGAGACCUAGAGGUGCAGAUUAUGCAUUAGAAAGCAUUCAUAACAUUAAGCAGGCGUUGCCGGAGCUGUGGGAGACGGAGAUGAAAUCCGAAGUCAACUAUGCCGGACAAGUUGCAGUGGAAACGUCUGUGACGGCUUAGAUCAUCUUAUGUUUUCUAUUAUUCGAAAAACGGCAUCUAAACUCCUAGUGGGAUCAUAUUGUCCCCAUUCCCUUGUUCAUAUGAUGUAGAUGUAUUGUUCUGAUAUUCAUUAUAUAAUAAUAUUUGG